AUGUCCCCGUGUCCCGCGCCCCGGUGGCUGCCGCUGCUGGCGGCUGCCCUGCCCCUCGCCCGGCUCUCGGGCCCCUCGGCCCCCGAGGAGGAGGUCGUGUUCCCCCGGGCGCUCAACGGCAGCGUGUGGCCGGGUCGGGGCGCCCCUGCCCGGCUGCGCUGCCUCCUGCCGGCCUUCGGGGAGCCGCUGCUGCUGGAGCUGGAGCAGGACGCGGCCGUGCGGGCCGAGGGCCUGACGGUGCAGUACCUGGGCCGGGUGCCCGCUCCCCUGGGCGGUGCCGAACCCGGGACCUACCUCACGGGCACCGUCAACGGUGACCCCGAGUCCGUGGCCUCCCUGCACUGGGAUGGCCGGGCCCUCCUGGGGGUGCUGCAGUACCGGGGGGCAGAGCUGCACCUCCAGCCCCUGGAAGGGGGCGCCCCCAACUCGGCCGGGGGGCCCGGCGCUCACGUCCUGCGCCGGAGGCGGCCGACCAGCGACCAAGGGCCCAUGUGCAACGUCAAGGGCCCCCCCGGGCCCCCCAGCCCCGGACCCCGAAGGGCCAAGCGGUUCGCGUCCCUGAGCCGGUUCGUGGAGACCCUGGUGGUGGCGGAUGCCAAGAUGACCGCGUUCCACGGGGCCGGCCUGAAGCGGUACCUGCUGACCGUGCUGGCGGCCGCCGCGAAGGCCUUCACGCACCCGACCAUCCGCAACCCGGUCAGCCUGGUGGUCACCCGCCUGGUGGUGCUGGGCCCCGGCGAGGAGGGCCCCCAGGUGGGGCCCAGCGCGGCCCAGACUCUGCGCAGCUUCUGCGCCUGGCAGCGGGGCCUCAACACCGCCAACGACUCCGACCCCGACCACUUCGACACGGCCAUCCUGUUCACGCGGCAGGACCUGUGCGGGGCGUCCACCUGUGACACCCUGGGCAUGGCUGACGUGGGCACCGUGUGCGACCCGGCUCGGAGCUGCGCCGUGGUGGAGGACGACGGGCUGCAGUCGGCCUUCACGGCUGCCCACGAGCUGGGCCACGUCUUCAACAUGCUGCAUGACAACUCCAAGCCCUGUCUCGCGCUCAAUGGGCCCGGGGGUGCCUCCCGCCACGUCAUGGCCCCAGUGAUGGCCCAUGUGGACCCCGAGGAGCCCUGGUCGCCCUGCAGUGCCCGCUUUGUCACCGACUUCCUGGACAACGGCUAUGGCCACUGCCUCCUCGACAAGCCCGAGGCGCCCCUGCACCUGCCCGCGACCUUCCCGGGCAAGGACUACAGCGCUGACCGGCAGUGCCAGCUGACCUUCGGGCCUGACUCCCACCACUGCCCGCAGCUGCCGCCGCCCUGUGCUGCCCUCUGGUGCUCGGGACACAUCAACGGGCAGGCCAUGUGCCAGACCAAGCACUCGCCCUGGGCCGACGGCACCCCCUGCGGGCCGAACCAGGCCUGCAUGGGGGGGCGCUGCCUGCAGGGUCACCAGCUCCAAGACUUCAAGAUCCCGCAGGCGGGAGGCUGGGGCUCCUGGGGCCCCUGGGGCGACUGCUCGCGGACCUGCGGGGGUGGCGUCCAGUUCUCCUCCCGGGACUGCACGAGGCCGGUGCCCCGCAACGGGGGCAAAUACUGUGAGGGUCGUCGCACCCGCUUCCGGUCCUGCCACACACAGGACUGCCCCUCGGGCUCAGCCCUGACCUUCCGCGAGGAGCAGUGCGCCGCCUACAACCUGCGCAGCGACCUGUUCAAGAGCUUCCCGGGGCCCAUGGACUGGGUGCCCCGCUACACCGGUGUGGCGCCCCGGGACCAGUGCAAGCUGACCUGCCAGGCGCGGGCCCUGGGCUACUACUACGUGCUGCAGCCCCGGGUGGUGGACGGCACGCCCUGCUCCCCCGAGAGUGCGUCCGUGUGCGUGCAGGGCCGCUGCAUCCACGCGGGCUGUGACCGCGUCAUCGGCUCCAGGAAGAAGUUCGACAAGUGCAUGGUGUGCGGCGGCGACGGCUCGGGCUGCACCAAGCACGCGGGUUCCUUCCGCAAGUUCAGGCCCGGCUACACGGACGUGGUGACGCUGCCCGCGGGGGCCACCCACGUGCUGGUGCGGCUGCAGGGCGGCCCGGGGCCCCGCGGGGUCUUCCUGGCGCUGCGGCGGCCCGACGGCUCGUACGCGCUCAACGGCGCGUCGGCGCUGCAGCCCGGGCCCGCCGACGUGCCGCUGCCCGGGCCGGCGCGGCUGCGCUACAGCGGGGCGGCCGCGACCCCCGAGACGCUGGCCGGCCGCGGGCCGCUGGCCGAGCCGCUGACGCUGCAGGCGCUGCAGGCCGGAGACCCCCGCGGCGCGCGCCUGCGUUUCAGCUUCUUCGCGCCGCGCCCGCCCCCCGCGCCCCCGCGCCCCGAGCGCCCCGACUGGCUGGCGCGCAAGGCGCUGAUCCUGGAGGCGCUGCGACGGCGCCGGUGGCCCCAGUGACCCGGGGCCCGCACCGGACUGGACUGGACGCGGGGCGGGAGGCGCCCUGUGCGCGGGCUGGGCGGGCUGGCCCUGCCCCCGCGGCCCCGACGGCGGAGGCGCUGGGCUCGGGGAGGCCCGCCCGGAGGUCGCUCCCCGCUGGCCACGGGGAGGCGGGCAGGCCCGUAUUUAUUUCCUAUUUAUUCUCCUCAGUUUACACCGGGGCAGCGGGGAGGGGGCGGCCGGUCCUGGAGACGGAGCCCGGCUUGGAGCCGGCCACACACGGGGCGCUCCAGGGCGAUGGG